AUGAUGAUGAUGAUGACUACGAUGGGAGAUAACAACAAACAUUCACCGACAUUCAAGUUGGUUGUGCUGAUGAUUCUUGCUGCAACAGUAUUGUUAUCAUGUGCAGUAGUAGAGGCUUCAAGUAGUAAUGGCAUUCCUUUCCUUUCCAUGAUUCAUGAGGAGAAUAGAGUGAGCGAAGCAGAAAAAGAUAACGGAGGUAUUUUCGAAUUGACCUUUGCUAAUAAUCUUUUUAAUAAUAAGAAUCGUUUAAAUACUUUAAUGUUGAGAAGAGAAUUGACAAAUAGUAGAGAAUCAGUUGAACCAUAUACUCAAUUUAUUAUCAAGUUGAAGGAUAAUGUUACAUCAAGAAAGAGAAUGAAUAGCCAAGUUCAACAAUUGAUUUCGGGUGCUGUUCCUUUGGGUUCCUCUCAGAUCAUGUCAGUUGUUGCACGUACAUCAGAAAUUAUUGAUCAUGUAGGUGAACAAGAUCAUCAUACCAUUGAAUGGAUUGGAGAAUAUGAAACUAGAUUCAAGUCAAGUCUUCAUUUUGCUAAAAUGCAAGAACUCGCUAGAAAGGAAGAAAAUCCAGUUAACUCUGAUUUGAUGGACUUUGUCAUUUCAACAAUUCCAUCCAUUGAUGCUGUUUCUAAAGGAAGUGAAUUGAAUGAAUUGGAACAAGUUGCAAAGAAAUUGAACAGUCAAAUAGGAUCACUUUUUGAUGUCACUCAAUUCUCUCCAAUUCAAGUCGUAGAUAGAGAAAAGAUGCAAAUUUCCUUCUCUCCUCUUAUUGCUAAACAAAUUUCUGAUAUUAUUUUGGAAAAUCCACAUGUUCACUUUGUAGAUAGAAAGCCAAUUUAUUCUUUAUUUAACAAGGAAGGAUCAAUUUCUAUGCAAUCAGUUUCUCCAACUCAACCACAAUCAACUCCAUUCUAUGAUAUGGGUAUUUAUGGAAAUGAUCAAGUUGUUGCAGUUUCUGAUACUGGUAUCGAUUGGGAUCACUGUUUUUAUUCUGAUGCAAACAUUACUAAAAUUGCUACCAACACUGUUUAUGCUAAUCAUAGAAAGAUUGUUGUUGGAAGCGUUGCUGGUUCUAUUCAAUCACCAAUUACAGCUGAUCAACAAGCUAUUAACAAUUAUCAUGGUAUGGCUCCAAAUGCCAGAAUUCACUUUACUGAUAUUCAAAAAACAGGCAGUAGUGCACUCUUGAUUCCAGCUUCGUUGACCAGUAUUUUUGAGCCAGCUUACAAAUUGAAUGCUAGAAUUUUCUCUAAUUCCUGGGGUGCUGCACCAAAUAAUCUCAUUGCUUGUGAUUAUGACUGUGUAAAUUGUAGAUGGGCUGUUUCUGUAUCUGUCUAUCGUAAAGGUCAACCAGUUUAUGAUUCUGAUUGCAAAUACUUGUUCGGCAGUCAAACUUGUUGUUCAAUUGUUAAUAAGUAUGAUUCUCAAUGUAGAGAUAUCGACACCUUUUUGUGGAAUAAUCAAGAUGCUAUCAUUCUCUUUGCUCAAGGUAACUCUGGUAGAAUUUCUUCAAAGGAAAAUAUUGGAAGUCCAGCAACUUCAAAGAAUGGUGUUUCUAUUGGUGCUUCCAAAACUUCAAACAGUGCCUUUAUUGAUUCAGUUCAAUAUGAAGAUAUGAUGCACAGAAUCAAAGAAGCAGGUCUUUCCUUCACUUCCCCAGAACAAUGUUGCUCUUACACUGGUAGUAAUGCUGAUGCCAUUCGUGCUUUCUGUUGUUCAGCCACUAUGAAGGAUAAAUAUUCCAGUAAUCCAAGUUAUUUCAAUGCUGACAAUUUAGCUUCUUUCAGUAGUAGAGGUCCAGCUAUUGGUGAUAGAAUCAAACCAGACGUUAGUGGUAUUGGUGAUAAUGUUGUAUCAGGUCACAGUGAUGGUGAUACUACCACUUAUCAAUGCUCAAAUAUUUCACCAAAUUUGUAUAACAGAGCUGCUUUAAUGUAUGGCAACACCAUUGACAGCUCAAUUCCACUCUCUGGAAGUGUUGCUAAAAGCACUGAUGAAUCUAGUAGAAUUUUGAUUUCAUCAAUGGGUAACCCUAAUUCCUAUGAAGGUCAUGGUAGAGUUUAUCUUGGAAGUUUAUUAAAGAGUGGCAACAAUUCAACUGUCAACUUGACACUUAUUGAGAAGACUUUCACAUCAUCAAAUGAAAAACAUAGCCGGUGUUUAAAGAUGAAGAGCGGUAUUUCCUCAUCAUCAUUUGCCAGUACUGUUGCUUGGUACGAUUAUCCUAGCUCAGUAUCUGUCGUUCCUUCACUUGUUCAAGAUAUGGAUUUGAUUGUUAAUAUUUAUGAAAAGAAUGGUGACAAGAUUCAAUCAUUGAAGGUUAUUCCUGGUAAUAUGCAAGACGCAUACGAUACCAAAAAUAAUGUUGAAAAGGUUCUUAUCAACUCUAUUACAAACGCUGGAACCAAUCCUCUUUAUGUUACUGUUUCAGUUAAAUUCAAAACAUUGACACUCUCAAAUCAACCAUAUGCUUUAGUGUUCAGUUAUCCAAGUGGUGAUUUUGAAUCAGUAGAUGCCUCUUCAUGUUAUUAUAGUGAAGAAUUGCCAUCAUCUUACAUUGGUAUUAUUAUUGGUGUAUCUCUUGGUGUCAUUGUAUUAUUAUUGAUUGUUUCUGUAAUUGUUGGAUCAAUUCUUUUCAAACUUUGUACUAGACGUAAACAACACCAACAACACACUGAUUUGGAUGCUGGAGCUGGCAACUACUAUUAUUAUGGUAAUAAUGCUGGAACAGGUUAUUAA